AACAGGUUUAAUGCUGCGUGUUCUUCCCCAGUGCCAUGAUCAUGUUCGCUCAGUACGCGCAAGGAGGCACCUUUGGCAAAGCAGUUAAAAUGGCUGAAGAUGUCACAGACCUCGCCAGAAGGUGCGCUGCUGCAGCCGGCGACGACCCGGAUUGCCUGAAGCCCUUGGGCAGGAUUUUCCUCGACACAAUAUGCCAGGAGGAAAACCUUCCCAGGUUUACUGAUUGCUGUGCUAAAAAGGAUCCUGAAAGACAUGACUGCUUCCUCGCCCUUAAAAAUUCAUCCAGAGGGUUCAUUUCUCCUUUUGAAAGGCCGAACGCUGAAGCUGCCUGCAAAAAUCAUUCACAGCAUCAACAUUCAUUAACGGGAUAUUUUAUCUACGAGGUUUCCAGAAGGCAUCCUUUCCUCUACGCCCCAACAAUCCUUUCUGUCGCUAUCCGUUACGAUGAGAUGAUGAAGAACUGCUGCGGAGGAGCUGAAGACCCCACUCAGGACCUGGAGGAAUGCUUUCGGAGCCAGGCACCAAAGGUGGUGAAGCCAAUGAAAGAAGAUGGCCUGAGGCAGGAACACACAUGUGGAAUCCUGAAGAAGUUUGGCGAAAGGACCUUAAAGGCUCUGAAACUCGCUCAGAUAAGCCAAAAAUUCCCUAAAGCUGAUUUUGUUACUGUUAACAAACUGGUGAUGGACAUUGCUGACAUGCACAAGGACUGCUGUCGUGGAGAUAUGCUGGACUGCAUGCGUGAUAGGGAAGAGAUUCUACACUACGUCUGCACCAACCAAGACAUCCUAUCAAGUAAAAUUAAGAAGUGCUGUGAAAAGCCUCUGUUACAAAGAAGUGAAUGCAUAGUUAAUGCAGAAAAUGAUGACAGACCUGCAGGCUUGUCCCCCCACGUCAGGGAGUUCAUAGAAGACGAAGGAAUAUGUGAACGUUUUGCCCAGGAAAAGGAUACACACCUAGCCAGGUUUCUGUAUGAAUACUCCAGGAGACACCCCGAAUUUUCUGCUCAAAUGCUUUUAAGAAUUGGUAAAGGAUACGAGGACCUGCUGAGGGAGUGCUGCAAGCCCGGUGCGCCAGACGACUGCCGCAGCAGAGGGGAGGAAGAACUGAAGAAACAUAUUUAUGAAACUGAGAGUGUCAUGAAGACAAGCUGUGACAUCUACAAGGAGAAAGGAGAUUACUAUUUCCAAAACGAGUAUAUAAAAUUCACCAAGCAAAUGACUGCCAUUGGCUCCAAAUGCUGCCAGUUAAGCCAGGACAAGCUACUGCCCUGCGCCGAGGAAAACCUGGAUCUCGUGCUUGGAGAAAUAUGUAGACGACACCUGACCGAUCCUAUAAACACAGGAGUCUGCCACUGCUGUAGCAGCUCCUAUGCUCUGAGGAGGCCUUGCAUAGGGAAACUAGAUAUCGAUGAGAAUUAUGUGCCCUUGUCACUGACGCCCGGCCUGUUCACCUUCCACGAAGAGCUGUGUACAACCGAAGAGGAAAAGCUGCAGCACAAGAAGCAGGAAAUGCUCAUCACCCUCAUCAAAUACAAGCCCCAGAUCACAGCGGAGCAGCUGGGCUCCGUCACGGCGGCCUUCAGUGCCAUGAGGGAACAGUGCUGCCAAGAAGAGCACCCUGAGGCGUGUUUUGCGAGAGAGGUAUCGUUUCUGUUUGCACCCACGCAGUCCGAAUCAAAACGGAAACGCGGCGUAUACGCGGGAGUGUAA